AUGUCUUCUAAUCCAUCUAUCAUUCAGGUUCUCGUCAGUGAUAAGAAAUAUGCGUGUGAAACGUGCAUAAAGGGGCAUCGCUCAUCCGCAUGUAAACACACCGAUCGUCCCCUUUUCGAAAUUAAGAAAAAAGGUCGUCCAGUCACUCAGUGUGAGCACUGUAGAGAGCUACGAAAAACAAAACAAGUGCACGUCAAAUGUUCAUGUGGGUCUCAAGAUCAAGGUACCCCCGGUGCCCACGAGGCAUCCCACAGCAAGAAGGGGAUGCCGAAGUUACCGGCUACUGCUGCGUUUCCUAAUGGCCUUCCUGAGGCCCUUGAAACGCUAGCUACAUUGCUGCCGGCAUCGGACGACUCAGACCACAGCGGUGAAACUUCUCCAACUGGCUGUAGAUGUAGCUCCAGUGGCCCCUGCAAUUGCUGUACCCCUCGCAAGCCUGCCACUCGCCGUCGCUUCUCCGGUGCAGAGCCUCCUAAACGAGACAAGCUUCAUUCAGACUCCUCAAAACACCACGAAUCCCUAUCUCCUCCUCUUUCAUCUCACGUCUUAGCACGCAUUGCUGAGCUCCGUCCAGUAGCUCCCAGACCAGCUCACAGGCAACUCCCUCUCGACGGCUCCUUACAUAAUCCAUCUUCGGGCGUCCCUCACGGUCAUAGCAUCCGCCAUCAUAGCUACGACUUCAGUCCUUACGGUCGCGCCUACGGGUACACUCACUCAGAUCACCCUCACGAUCAAAAGGGGUCCUCACUGACUCCUGAUCCCCGCUCGUUUGCUGGACGCUCUGUUCAAUCCCAACAGCAAGCCCUGAGAAGUCAGACGGUACCAGAUGCCUGGUCGCCUGCUGAGGCCUUCCCCUCUGUCUGCGCCUGUGGUGACUCAUGCAUGUGUCCUGGAUGUACCUUGCACAACAAUCCAUCAAUCACCGGUGGGGCUACCUAUGCCUCGUGCAGUAACCCAUCCACCUGCGCCUUUUGUCUCGAUUGCACCAUAUUGUCUAUACCAGCAGGCAAUCCGCCUCCUAACAUUGACUUAUCUUCUGAUCCAUCACAAUCACAAGAAUUUGAUGAAUGGCUCAGACAAGUCGCACUUAGC